CUUGAACUCUCCAGAUUUCUUCUCUUAAUCUAGAGCCGAUGCCUCUUUAUUUAUUUAUUCACAUCAAGGUGUUCUCAUCAAUUUUCUUGUAUAUGUGGAUGACAUUAUCCUUACAGGAAAUCAGUCGAGUGCAGUUGAAGCCUUUAUCAGACAACUCACCUCACGGUUCUCUGUUAAAGAUCUGGGGAUGCUGAAUCGUUUUCUUGGCAUGGAAGUUAUUCCACAUCCUGAUGGCCUAUUUUUAUCUCAAAGGCAGUACACGUUACAUAUUCUUGAGACUUGUAACAUGCAUGAAGCACGUGAGGCACCUACUCCCAUGUCAUCAAAUUCAUCUUUACACAUUACUGAUGGUCAUGUUUCUGCCGAUGCCAGUCAAUAUCGUCGUGCUAUUGGGCUUUUACAAUAUUUAGCAUUCACUCGUCCUGACAUUUCGUUUGCGGUCAACCGGCUUACUCAAUUUAUGCAUGCACCUACGGACGUUCAUUGGCAAGGAGUCAAACGCAUCCUGCGCUAUCUAAAAGGCACACUUGAUUUCGGUCUAUUUCUCAACCGAUUGUCUCCUAUGACUAUUUCUGUGUUUUCUGAUUCUGACUGGGGAGGGGUACAUGACGGUGGGAAAUCCACCACUGCUUAUGUAAUAUAUUUGGGUUCAAAUAUCAUUUCCUGGAAGUCCGCCAAACAGAAGACUGUUUCCAGAUCUUCUACAGAGGCGGAAUAUAGAGCAGUUGCCCAUGCUAGUGCGGAACUUCUUUGAAUUUGUCAUUUGCUAUCUGAACUGGGUAUUACCUUACAAUCUACACCUCAACUUUUUUGUGACAACCAAGGUGCUACAUAUGUGUGUGUUAAUCUGAUUUUUCACUCUCGUAUGAAGCAUCUUGCUCUUGAUUAUUUUUUUGUUCGUGAACUUGUUGAGCAAGGUAAACUUAGUGUACAUCAUAUUUCUACAAAGUUGCAAAUAGCAGACAUUCUCACCAAGCCUUUGGGCAAGGAGUUCUUUACUCGUUUCCCGUCCAAGCUAGGAGUUUCCCUUGGAACCUCUAUAUUGUGGGGGCGUAUUAGCACAUAAUUAAUUAUAUUAUUUGUAUACUUAUCCGAAUACAUGUAUUUAGCAUCAGUAGUUGAGAGAUCUUAUCCCUUUGCUAUCUCUCUGGCUGGAUACAUGUAUUUAUAUACGAAUGUAAUCUGCAACUCAAUCAUCAAUCAAUACAUUCUUAUUCUCUCAUAUCUCUUGUAGACUAGACCAAACGGAAGAGCAGUCUAGAGAGUUGCACAGAGAAUUAUUUAUCUAUUGGAUGCACAGAGAGUUGCACAGAGAAUUGUGGGAUGGCCUCUAUGUUGUCAUUAGUUUUGCAAUUACUAUGUUUUUAAAUCAAGCUGAAAUAUUUUUUUGGCAAAAACUGAAUAAUC